AUGGGGAAAGAUAAAGCUAAAGAUAAAUAAGUAUAAUAUUAAGUUUAUUCGAUUAGAGAUCAUCAAGCAAGGAUAAAAAGAAGGAAAAAAAGGAGAAAAAGGAUAAGAAAGAUAAAAAAGAAAAACAUAUAAAAAAAGAAAAAAAAUAAAAGAAUGAGAUGAUAAAGAAGAAACCAAAAAAGAAUUAAUGGGGCAAAUAUGGUACUAUCAGGUUUUGUAUUUUUAAUAUUAAAGUAAUACAGAUAUGUAUUUAAAACGUGAAGAGUUUUUAAUGUGGUUAUCAGAUGUAAAAAUGCUAAAUGUAGAGGCGAAUACACCUUAGGAAGAAAAGAAGUAUUUUGAAGAGUACGUGGAAUGUUAUAACACAGCAACAUUUCCAUCUUAAAAGUUCUAUAAUUUUAAAGCAUGGUUCGAAAAGGAAUAACUUAAAGAAAAAAUUUAAUAAGCUGAAUUAGAAAUGCAAACUUUUGAUGACGAAAAGGAAAAACAGUAUUAAAUUGUUUUUAUCUUUAGGAAGGAAUAUUAGGAAUAAAAAGAAUUGAUAAAAAAGUAAAAAUUAUAAAGAGAAUAUUAACAUUUACAUGAAUUUCAGAAUAUUGUAAUUAAAUUAUGAUUUAUUAAGGCGCAAGACAUGCAGAAAUAGAAGCAAAUUUAAGAUCUCGUUAGACAUUACAAUUCAAUAGGUAAUCAUGAGGUUGCCUUGAGAUACUACAAAUAAUUAAAUCCAAUUCAUACUAUUGAUGCUCCUCAAAUGUAAUAACAACCUCCUAUGGAGUACGAUUAUGAAUAUGAUAACUUCUGAUCCAAU